AUGGAUUACGAGAUGCCCAGGCUGAUGCGCAAAGGCAACUACGCCGAGCGUGUGGGCGCUGUCGCACCAGUCUACCUGGCUGCCGUGCUCGAGUGCCUGACUGCUGAGAUCCUGGAGUUGGCCGGAGACAUUGCCCGUGCAAACAAGAAGCCUCACAUCACACUGAUUAACUCUAUAGUGCGAGCCCGCUUUGAGAAAGUUCUGGAGGAGGUGACCCUCUACACCCCUCACCACAUGGAGGAGAUGAAGUCUAUCUUUGACCAGGAGGAGGAGGUGAAGAGGAUCAGCAAUGAUCCACAGUGGAUGUCACCAACAAUGAGAGUGUGA